CCUUACUAUUGUAUAUAUUACAUUAUCAUUAUCAUUACAUAUAAGGAGCGCCGCCGCUCCGCCCCUCCUCCUCUUCUCCUCCGUUCGCCUCUUCCUCUUCCUCUUCCUCUCUGUCGAGAUCAUCGUGAUCCUUUACAUCUUCUUAACAAUGGUAUAUCUCGAGCGUUUGCACGAGCGAGCGAUGGAUCGAUCGAGCGAUCCGGACGUGAUGGCCCGGGCGUUCGCGGAGCACUACUGCAAGACGUUCAACGAGAACCGGGCGGCGCUGGGGGCUCUGUACCAGGAAGGGUCGAUGCUGACGUUCGAGGGCGACAAGAUCCAGGGCGCGCAGGCCAUCGUCGCCAAGCUCGCCUCCCUCCCCUUCCAGUUCCACCACAUCUAUACCGUCGACUGCCAGCACUAUGUCCCCCCCCAGGGUGGCUUGCUCGUCUCCGUCUCCGGCGUCAUCCAGCUCGCCGGCGAAAACCUCCGGCAAGAGUGCAUCCAGGUCUGUAGUUUCUUUCUUUCGAACCACGAAGAACGCUGCAACAGAUCUAGUUUAGGUUUAUCAAUUAAAGCAUAAUCAUCAAGUCUUGUUGGAUUUUUUUUUUAUUUUUUUUUUUGUGGGAUUUGAUAUCUGAAUCUGAAAUUAAAGGAGAAAGAAGAAUCGAGCCACCGAUUUAGGUUUCCACCGAUCUAGGUUUUCUUCUUUGGGUAGUUGUUCGUGGAGAUUUGAAAAUCUGAUGUAGAAUAAGUUGAAAUCAAACUAUGAAAGAGGAAUCAAGUGCGGCAUCGUUUGGGAGAGACAAAUCAGAUCUAGGGUUUUUUUGUUGGUUUGACCGGAUUUGCAAUCCGGUAAAUGAAAGAACGAUCAUCUCUUUUUCCUUC